UUGUUUUAUGCCGUUGUGCCUUCGAGCCGCCGUUCCCUCUCUCAAAGUCUCACUCCCUCUCUCUAGGGUUCCCGCUCUGCGGCGCCCUCCAUUUCCGGUGAUGAAGAACCUGAAACUGUACGCUGAGUACGGUGCGAAGAUCGACCUGCCAUACGAUGGGGAACGCCUUUCUCUCUCGGCUGCCGAUGCGGAACUAAACCGACUCUUUUUUGCUACUUCAGCAAACGCCAUCUACGUCCUUCAUCUCUCUUCCUCUCAGGAAAAUUCAUCAACUGAAUUUUGGGUAUCUGAUGUACCGUUAAGUCCAACAUUGGAGCCAGAUGACUACAUUAUGGCUUUGGAUUAUCUCAUGGAGAAGGAAGCAUUAAUAAUAGGAACUUUGGGUGGUUUUCUGUUACAACACUCCCUGGAUGGUGAUUUAACUGAAGUGGUUGGGAGGGUGGAGGGAGGUGUCAAGAGCAUUGCUGCUAGUCCAGAUGGCAGUCUUCUUGCCGUGGCAACAGGUCUAGGGCAAUUGAUAGUCAUGAACCAAGAUUGGGAUGUUCUGUAUGAAGUCAUGCUUGAACCUCCUGCAUCUGGAUCCGAAAUGAAUGUGCAUUGGGAAGGUUCAUGUGUAUCUAAAGUUCAAGUUUCUUGGCGGGGUGAUGGCAAGUUUUUUGCUACAUUAGUUUCUGCAGGGGGUUCCUCUUCCUUAAGCCGAAUCAGAAUUUGGGACCGUGAAACUGGUGCCUCUCUUUCUUCUUCUGAGUACAAGGUCUUUAUGGGAGGAUCACUAGAUUGGAUGCCUAGUGGUGCAAAAUUGGUGGCUGCAUAUGAUAGGGCAACUGAGCAGAAGUGUCCUUUGAUUGUUGGUUUUGAGAGGAAUGGGCUGGAGAGAGGCUCUUUCAGUAUUGAUGAUGCAGUCGAAGCAACCGUUGAUAUGCUGAAGUGGAAUUGCAACUCAGAGCUUCUUGCAAGUUUAUCUAGAUGCAAAGAGUACGACAGUUUAAAAGUUUGGCAUUUCAGUAAUAACCACUGGUACUUAAAGCAUGAAAGUAGACAUUCAAAGACAGAUUAUGUAAGCUUUUGUUGGGACCCGGUGAAGCCUUUAAACUUGAUUGCAUGGAUGCAAGAUGGUAAAUUCAGGAGUAAAAAUUUUGCAUGGGUAACAGCUGUGACAGAGAAGUCAAUAGCAUUGGUGAUUGACAAUUGUAGCAUACUUGUGUCUCCCCUUUCUAUGUCACUUAUUCCUCCUCCGUUUUCUCUUUUUAGUCUUAAGUUCCAAAGUGCUGUUCAGGACAUUGCUGUUCUGUCUCAACACUCGAAGAACCGCCUUGCAGUGGCUCUAUCUGAUGGCUGUUUAAGUAUCGUGGAGCUCCCGUUGAUGGAUAGCUGGGAAAAUUUGGAAGGUAAAGAGUUUAUUAUUGAAUCUUGUCAUUCUGAUUACAGUUUUGUUGGCAUUGGACAUCUUACAUGGUUAAACCACCAGGUUGUUAUUGCAAUUGGACUUUGUGAAUCCGGUGUGGAUGAUGCUUGUCAUGAAAAAUUUUCCAGAAAUAAUGGAUUCUCUUGUGAAGAUAAAAUGAGACAAGCAUGUAGUUAUCUUUUCAUGGAAGUUCAAUUUAUUUGCUCAGAGGAUUCUGUGGCAGAUACAGUGACCUCUUCAGGUUGGCAUGCAAAGGUUUCCAAAAGAAUAUGCUUGCAAAAGCCGGUCCUUGGUGUAGUUAAAAAUCCUACUGAAGAUGGAUCUGCUUUUGUACAGUUUGUUGGAGGAUCUGUAGUAGAAUACACUUUGAAGUCAGGCUUGAGAAUGCCAUCUUUAGAUGUAGGACAGAAGAACCCUAAUAUCUUUACUGGUUUUACUUCAUCAUGCCCUUGGAUGAAGGCUGCUCAGGUCAGGGAUGAUGGCAUACUCAAACCUUUGAUUUUUGGGAUGGAUGAACAUGGUAGACUGCAUGCACGUAAUAUAAUAGUCUGUAACAAUUGCAGUAGUUUUUCUUUUUAUUCUAGUAGCACUGGAUUAUCAGAGCAAGUUUUUACGCACAUUAUUCUUACCACUAAGCAGGAUUUUCUGCACAUCAUAAGUCUUGGGGACAUACUACAUAAAAACCAUGAAGUUGGAUGUGAAAAAUAUAUUGUGAAUGACGGCAAAAUCAGUAACCAAGAAAGUAGAGAUGCCUUAAAGGUUUGGGAAAGAGGUGCAAAAUUGAUCGGUGUGAUUCAUGGAGAUGAAGCAGCUGUAAUUCUACAGACAACUCGUGGUAAUCUAGAAUGUAUAUAUCCACGAAAAUUGGUUCUUACAUCCAUUGCCAAUGCAUUGAUUGAAGGCCGUUUCAAAGAUUCUAUGCUUAUGGUCAGACGGAACAGGAUAGACUACAAUAUUGUUGUUGACUACUGUGGUUGGCAAGCUUUUCUUCAGGUUGCUCCUGAAUUUGUUAAGCAAAUAAAAAAUCUUAGCCACAUAACAGAUUUUGUGUGUUCCAUAAAAAACGAAAAUGUCAUGGAGACAAUGUACAAGAACUUUGUCACUCUGCCUCUGAUCGGGAAGGAAGGUACUGGCAUGCAUGUGGUGAGAGUUGAGCAUUCUGAUAUGAAAAACAAGGUUUCUGCUGUCCUGUCCUCUGUCCGAAGGGCCCUUGAAGAAUAUGUUCCUGAGAGCCCUGCAAGAGAGCUCUGUAUUUUAACUACACUAGCCCGCAAUGAGCCUCCUGCUCUAGGGGAGGCAUUAAAAAGGAUAAAACGGAUCAGAGAAUUGGAGCUUUCAGGAACAGUCAACAAGAAUGAUCCUGCUGAUAGCAAAUCUUCUCCUUCUGCAGAAGAAGCGCUUAAGCAUCUUUUAUGGUUAUCAGAUUCUGAGGCUGUAUAUGAAACUUCAUUAGGAUUGUAUGAUCUUAAUCUUGCAGCCAUUGUUGCCUUGAACUCUCAGAAGGACCCAAAGGAGUUUCUUCCCUUUCUACAAAAACUAGAGCAAAUGCCACCUAUUGUCAUGCGGUAUACAGUAGAUCUUAAGCUGCGGAGGUUUGAAAGUGCUCUCCUGAAUAUGGCAUCUGCAGGUGAAGACUGUUUUGAGGAUUCCUUGAUCCUUAUGAAGAAGAACCCUCAACUUUUCUCUUUGGGACUUCAAUUAUAUAGUGAUUGUUCUAGGAGGAGCCAAGUAUUUGAAGCCUGGGGUGAUCAUCUUUUUGGAGAAGAGUCUUUUACUGAUGCAGCAUCUGCAUACCUGUGCUGUUCUUCUUUGGAGAAAGCUUUGAAAGCAUAUCGUUCAUGUAACAAUUGGAAGGGUGUGCUUACAGUUGCUGGACUUCUGAACCUUAGCAAAGAAAAGCUGCUGCAAUUGGCACAUGAGCUCUGUGAAGAACUCCAAGCACUUGGUAAACCUGCAGAGGCAGCUAAAAUUGCUCUAGAGUAUUGCCAUGAUGUUCAUAGCGGGAUCAUGUAUUUCAUAAGUGCUCGUGAGUGGGAAGAGGCUCUAAGGGUGGGGUUUCUGCAUGGAAGAGAGGCUUUGAUAUCUGAGGUGAAGAAUGCAGCUGCAGAAUGUGCAAGUGUAUUAAUAUCUGAAUAUGAAGAAGGGGUUGAGAAAGUAGGGAAGUACUUGGCUCGCUAUUUAGCUGUUCGGCAGAGAAGAUUGGCUCUUGCUGCCAAACUACAAUCUGAUGAAAGAUCAGUCAACGAUGAUGAUGAUGAUGCUUCAGAAACCAGCAGUACCUUCAGUGGGAUGAGUGCUUACACUCUGGGGAAAGGAAAAGGCUCAGCUGCAUCUAUCAGCUCUAGCUCUACUAGCAGGACAAAGGAGCGCCGACGUCAGAGAAACCGAGGCAGGAUUCGUGCUGGCAGCCCAGGAGAAGAAAUUGCUCUAGUUGACCAUUUGAAGGGCAUGGCUCUAACAAGUGUAGCUGCACAUGAGCUGAAGACUCUUCUGGGUGCUCUUCUGAUGCUGGGAAAGGAAGAAACUGCCAGAAAGCUACAGCGAAUGGUGAGCAGCUUCCAGUUGUCACAAAGGGCUGCUGUAAAAUUGGCCGAAGAUUGUUUAUCCAAUGAAACCAUGGAUACAAAUGCCUUGUCAUUGGAUAAUUACAUUGAUAAGCUAAAGAAGGAGCUUCCUGAUUACCAAGAUCCCUCAUGGCAGUCGAUAAUACUGCAUCCUCCUCUGCAGAGAUGAAGGGUUGUAUGCAGUGACUGAACGCCCAGCUCACUAGCUCAGUCCAUCUCCUUGUUCUGGAUGUUGACAUGCUCGGGAUGGCAGCUCAGUUGGAAACUUGUUUUCCACUUCUAAUUAAGAUGAGUUUCCAUACUGUUCCGGAUCGUGCCUCCGGUGCUGUUAUGUUGAAGAAAUUAGAGUUUUCAUACAGUUUGAUCAAAGCUUCAAACUCGUGGCCUCAGGCUGAUGUUCGAGGGAAAAACCCAACUACAUCGGCGUUGACAGUAAAGAAUCUCUGACCACUGAUUAUAUUGAUGCAUCAUGUGUUGAUGCUGGUAACUGUUAGAUAUGAUGAGCUGCAUCCUUGUGCGAGAAUCUGCAGGACAUAAUGAGCUGCAUCCUUAUGCUUCCCAUGGUGGUUACAAUUAGAGCAAACAAAGGGGGGACUGCCUUCAGGCCUUGGCCUGAGAUGAGCUCUCAGUCCACAACUUACAUUGAAGUGCUUGCGAUCUUUAAACUUGCAUUGCAUAAUCAGAAAAGUUCAUGGUGGGUUCUGUUGCAUAGCAAAUAGCAACUUGGUCAGAUUAUAGAAAGCUGCGGUCAUGACAGUGUGAGAACUGAUGGACAGCAGAAAAGUGACUACUCAGGCCCAAGAUUCUACAACUUGGGCACUCGUCUUACGCAAGAUCGCCACAGUUGUCAGCACAUCCCAGUCUGACCCACGUUUCUCAACAGUGACAGCACCAUUUGUCUUUUAUUUUUUUGUUUGAUUCUGUUGUUUCCUCCGAACGUUUUGAGGAGCAUACGUAUGUAUUUGGUAUGUCUUGUUGCUUGUGCAGGCAGAGCUGUACAUUCUCGCACGCACUUGCGCUACUGGCUAUUGUGUAUCUGAUUCGUAAUUCUCGAGUUUUCGCGUCCAUCGUCACUGUUAUCGGUGUACCACCAUUUGACAACAACCAACAUUAUGAUCAAUAAAUUCGUUCCCAUCGUUGCCA